CUAUGCACAAUUUUCAAGUUAUCAUCAUAAACAAUGGACACGGAGUAUAGUUAUACGAAGAAAAGAAUACAUUUCGGGAAAAAAUGCAACUUUUCCGACAUCGACGUGGUCGAAGCAGAGAUCAAGUCGAAUCCGGAGCUGAUGAGCAACUACGUCAGAAUGGAUCCUGUGACGCACGCUACACAGUGUAGUAAAGUAUAUGCGGUUCAUGAGGUGAACACAACAACUGCGACAUUCAGAGAUAACAAAAUGUUCCACUACGAGGGUGGUUGGCCGAAGGACAUAAAUAUGAAGGAUCUGGAGCAAACGGUCAGGUAUAGACGCAAGAUCGAGAAGGACGAGUUGUAUAUUCACACGAUGCUCCAAUUGUUGCCUUCGAUGGAGCACUGCAUCCUACAGAACAACGCCUGCAACAUCUACGAGCAGUAUUUCGCCGACGUGGAAGUGAUCCCACUGGUACAGAGAGCGUUCUCGCGCACGGUGAACGUGUACCGCGACCCUUCGAAUACGAAACGGCAGGUUACUCAUUUGUCGUGGUCGCCGGAUCAGGGCAACCGCUUCGCGGCCAGUUACUGCAACGUCGACUUCAAGAAUACCAACAAUAAUUACACGUCGUACAUCUGGGAAGUAGAGAACCCGAACAGCGCCUACAUGACGUUGAAGCCUUUCUACCCGCUUUUGACGUUGGAAUACAGCCCCAAGGACAGCAACACCUUGGUGGGCGGCUUGAUGACCGGACAAGUGGCCUGCUGGGACAUCAGAAGGGGUGCGGAAGCGGUGGAUACUAGCUCGGUGGAGUUCAGCCACAGAGAUCCGUGCGAUAAGGCCCUGUGGAUUAAUUCGAAGACCGGUACCGAGUUCUUCAGUGCUUCAAAGGACGGACAAAUUAAAUGGUGGGACACCAGAAAGUUGCAGGUCCCGACAGAGACGUUGGUUAUUGACCUGCUGAAGCCUGAGGAGCAGAAUGUGGACAAGGCGAUUGGUAUCUCGGCGCUUCAGUUUGAGCCAUCGAUAGGGACGCGUUUCAUGUGCGGCUUGGAGAAUGGUAUAGUAAUUUCGGGCAAUCGCAAGGGCAAAACACCUGGUGAGAAAAUAGCGACAAGAUUCAGGGCCCAAUAUGGACCGGUAAUAAGUCUGGAGAGAAACCCGACGUUCGUGAAGAACUUCUUGACGGUCGGCGACUGGACCUCUAGGAUAUGGUCGGAAGAUUGCAGGGAGUCCUGUAUAGCUUGGACCCCCGGCCACCGAGACUUCCUCACAGGCGGCGCGUGGAGCAGCACACGUUACUCUGUGUAUUUCUUAACCAAAACGGACGGCACAUUAGAUGUCUGGGACUUCCUGAUUCAACAGGACAGCCCGGUUCUCAGUGUGAAGGUCUGCGACGAGAGUUUGACGUGUAUACGACCUCAUGAGCAAGGACAGCUAGCCGCAGUCGCAAACAAGAAGGGUGCGACGUAUCUGAUCGAAUUUUCGGAAGCGUUGACGGUCAAUCAGAAGAACGACAAAUUGUUGUUAACUGCGUUGCUUGAUCGCGAGACGCGCAGAGAGAAGGUGAUAGAAGCGAAGAAUCGGGAGCAACGAUUGAAGAUGAGGGCUUUCAAGCUGCACGGCGAGACCGACUUGGUCGAUUCUUCCGCAAAAGCGGACGAACGGGACGAUUCCAAGGACUCAUCCAACGAUUUGAAGAACACGUUGAUAACGCAGUGUGAACAGGACUAUGAGAACCUGAUCGAGGCGGAAUUAGCUCGAGAAGCAGAGGCGAGUCAUGUGGAGUUGAACAACAACGUGUUGCAGAACGGUACGGCGAUGAAUUGAAGCGUUCCCGUUUCGCUCGCAGAUGUUUCACCGCAAGACAGAAUAAAUUUGCAUACCUAUCUCUGUAU